UCAGUCAGCGCGAACCAGCUCGAGUCAACAACGAUGACACGAGGCUGCUGCCGUUGAACAACCAUACGACCAGGAUUGGGCCUCGAGCCACGACGAUGUGACCGCCCAGCGCCGGAGCGAGGACGUAGUCGUCCAGGAUUCAGCGAGCAAGGGGGGGAGGGCACCAUCCGCGGUAACGGCCAUGCGGACGACAAGAGCCGAGAGGAUGCGAUGAAGGCUUCGCCGAAGUGAAAGUGAUUUUUCGGUGUGCGCGAAGCGACUGCUGGCGUUCGUGCGUGACAGGUGCGUAUCGCGAGUAUGCGCCUGCCGCCAGCCUCUCCUUCUCGUCUCUGAGUACCGACGCUCCUACGCUCGCAUAGUACAUACCUAGCGUAUAGAAGAAAACUAGCCCAAGCGAGACACACUACUGCUAACUACUACUUCAAGGCUGUGCGUAUCAGAUACAUAAGGCAACCUCAACGCUACUUCGGAUAAUAUAACAGGAAACAAGUCUUUCUCGACGCCGGCACGUCCUCGCUCCUCGUCGCCGCCAGCCUCGCUGGAUGGGCUCAACAUGAGCAGCCUCCUGCAAUCGCCGUCGUCGUCGUCGUCGUUAUCCAGGGUCCGUUGCCUCGCCGACGAAGAAGCCGACCACAACAUGCUUCAAGAUCUGCAGCUGGCCGCUGAGCUCGGCAAGACGCUCCUCGAGCGCAACAAGGAACUUGAGAACUGCAUCAAGAUUCACCAGUGCACGAUCGAAGAUCAGGCUCAAGAGAUAGAGUACAUGAAAAAACAGACGGCCGCGCUCAGGGAGGUGAACGACUCGCGGCUGAAAAUCUACGAGCAACUGGAGGUCAGCAUACAAGACCUGGAAAGGGCAAAUCAGAGACUCGCGCUCGAGAACGCCAACGAUAAGAAGCAGAUAAAGAGUCAGUGCUUGACGAUCGACAACCUCGAGACGCGAACCGACGAUUUGCAAAAGAAAUUGGAUGCGGUGAACGGCAAGUACGAGGCGAUCCUGCGCGAACGCACGAGAAAUCAAUCGCCGGCGGAUGGCUCGCUGCUGCUGAGCCACAGGACCGAAUCGUCGCGCGAUGGCAGCACACACAAUUUGGCUGUGUCACCAAGACGAUUCAGCCCCGACGAGGAGGCUCGCCUCCAGCAGAUCGCCGCCGAGAUGUCGAAGGACGAGGACGUAGCGAAGUUGCUGAAGCAGCUGCAGGAGAGUCGACAUCAGCGUUCGCGCGAACAGAAAAGGGUCGAGCAGCUGAAGGAGCAGCUCGACACCUUGCUGCACGAGCACGCGCAAAUGGAAGAGCAGCUCAACGUGUGGAAGGCCAAGGCGCAGGAUAUGAAGAAUCUCCAGGAUGAAAUUAACACGCUCGAGGAAGUCAGACAAGGCAAUCUGUGCGGGCGUUGUUUGCGCGGCACCGAUCCGCGCGUACAAGAAGAUCUUACCGCAAUGCUGGACCAAGAGGAAGAAGUCGACGAGCUGAGCCUCGCCGAGUCGUUGCCCGAGUCGUUGCGCGAAGGCGACACCACGUUUCAGGAGUUCGGCACCAAAAAGCUUGCUAUGGAAGACGAUCACAGCAAUCCUUACCGCGUUCUAGUUGACAAGUACGAGGCCCUGUUGAAAAUACAAAAGCGUAGCCAAAAGCCGACGGGCAUGUCACUGCAGGAAGAGCUGCAAAUGUCGGGCGAAUUCAACAACCCGAACAGCUCGGAGCCGGAAAGUGGCCGAUCGAGCCUAAAGAAAAAGCCUUUCUCAAUCACGCCGACCGACUUCUCCGAGGCGGAGACGUCCUCGUCGGGCUUCUCGGACGAGACGAGCAACAAGUCGACGCAAACCGAGGGUCGACCCGGCUCGUUCCUCUGCUCGAUAGCCGACGGCGAGGAAUACAAGUUCAGCAUCUACGACGACAACAGCACCUUCGAGCAGCGCUUCCACCAGAUGCCCGAGUACCGCAAGAUCUUCAACGAGAUCUUCGAGGUCCUCAAGCGCGCGGCCGAGGCCAUAGACGAGGGCACCGACCUACCGCUGCUCGACAGCAGCGACGGCGGCGACUUGACGCCCAAGGCCGAGCACUGUCCGCUGGUGUCGGUCUACGCGGAGGACGCGCCGAGCGAGCUGACCGACGACACGAGGAGCAUCGCCUCGCUCGCCGUAUCGUCCGUCGCCUCGGAGCCCGUGUUUCGCGUGCACACACCCGUGUUCGGUCGCAAACCCAAGCCCGACCAGCAGCAGCAGCAGCAGCAGCAGCAGCAGACGAAGAACGAGACGACGCCCGACAACAGUCCCGCCAAGAGGGGCGAGCCGGCGGCGCACAGGCAGCUCUACAGUCAUCGGCAGGCGCCCCAGGUGCGCCAGCCGCUGGAAUACCUGCAGGUACAGGUGCGCAAGAAGGGCUCGGCCAAGAAGUCGCGCAGGCCCGGCGAGACCACGCCCGACAUCAUACCGACCAUCAACCCGCGAGUCAUGCAGCUGAAGGGCAGCGGUCGUCGGAAGUUCCGGCCGCUCACCAGCGCCGAGCUGUCCGACGGCUUCAACUGGAACGGCCACACGGCCCAUUUCUACCCGAGCAAGUCGCCUAGGGCCAGGCACCAGCAGUCGCAGGCUGACGCCUGCUCCACCCCCCCGCGGGACAACGACGACUACAAGCCCGGCAGCGCGUCCGAGGAGGUCGCCAAGUUGCGCCGCCUCGAGAUGUCGUACGCCGAGGCGCUGCGCAUGCCGAACAAAACCGGCAAGGCUGCGCACCAUCGCCGGCAGCGUCACUGAAUCUGUUUCUCUUCCCCUCCGAUUCAGCUGGACGUUUCAGUAUUCAGGGGGCUUGCGGUCGUGGCUACAAGCUUAGACCCCCUUCACCGUUUUCUCUCUUCUUUUGUAAAUAUACGGAAACGAGUGGGCGCUAGUUGAGAGACUAUAAUACCUUUAAGAACAAAUAAACACACACACACACACACACACACACACACACACACACACACACACACACACACACACACACACACACACACACACACACACACACACACACACACACACACACACACACACACACA